AGGAGGAGGAGGAGGAGGAAGAUCAGGAGGUGUUCUCCCCAAACACCACUACACUUACAGGCACUCGUGUGACAUCAUCAAACGGAGACAAUUACAUCAUCCUGUCACCUGUUAAUCCAGGAGGACAGCUCCUUCAUCCGGUGUACCAGGACAGGAACGGAACAAUCGGUCGUCUGUACCAGACUCACCCCUGCAGAGGUCAGAACCUCCUUCACAAUCCUCGACCCGGGAAGUCCCAGCGACCGUCAGCCAGCCGCACCUCCACGCUGCCUCCCCCGCAGCCCAGAACCGCUCCGUCGGCCCCCCAUGGUAACCAUGGGAACUACCAGAACUGUACCAUCGUUCAGUCCCACCUGCCCCGCUCCGGGUACGGAAACUACGUCACCCUGGCACCCAAAACCCUCAUCUUCCCCAUCUUUGUCCAGCCUCUGGAUCUCUGCAGCCCCGACAGAACUCUGCUCAUGUCGGAGGAGAUGAUCCUGCAUCAGGCCGACUUGCUGCCUGCGAAGGUCACGGUGUUGAUCUACAGCGACCUGCUGCUGUUUACCAGAGAGGAUGAAGCUGGGCGCUGUAAUGUCCUGCAGAGUCCUCUGUACCUGAACACAGUCCAGCUCAGAGAGGUGUCAUCCGAGCCUCUCCACAUCUACUUCCUGCAGAGCUCUCAGAGCUGCUGGCGCUGUCUCUUCAGCUUGGAGGCCUUCAGCAUCGAGCAGAAGGUCCGGGUCAGCCUCUGCCUCCAUGACAACAUACAGCUUCAGCUGGUUUCCACAGAAAGCGGCCGCAGCCAGCAGCUCUCAGAACUCCCUUCAGAUUUUGGCCUCCUGUCUCUGGGACAGUCCGACCUCCUUUAUCACCCGUCUUCUCCUUACGCCACCCUCUGUGACCCCCAAAGACCCGCCUCCCCCUCUCCUUACUCCUGUGGAUCCCUCCUCUCUUCCUCGACCACUCCUCCUCCUCCUCCCCUCCCCUCUGCCUCCGCCCCCGUGCACAUCUCUUCCUCACCCACCUCCAUGACCCUCACCUCUCCUCCUCCUCCGUACAUCUACCCGCCGUGCUCCUCCGCCUCCUCCACUCUGAGGAGUCCUGUCUGGAAAGAGAGGGGGGAGACGGAGGAAGAUGGGAGAACCAAGAGGAGACGAGAGGAGGAGGUUGGGGAGCGGCAGCAGGGGGAGGGGGAGAGCGCGUCUGAGACGUCGGAGAGCGUGGGAGGUGUUGUUGGGCAGGGCCUCCUGAUCAGCCCCCACCUCUUCAACCUGAAAGAUGAGUGUGAAGAGGAGGAGGAGAGCGAUGAUGAAGAGGGAGGAAGUGAUGAGGAGUUCACCUCCAGACCUGCAGUUCUGCGUCGCUCUCUCUCUGAGGGCUCGUUGCUGCAGGAACCUCGAUCUCCACGUUUCCUGUCUGACAGCACCAUUCACCGUCUGACCCGCACUGCGACCUUUGACCUCAGCCUUGCCUCAAGCCCCAACCCCAAUCCUCCCUCCCCUCAGACUCUGAGGAAACACUUGACCAAGGAAGGGGUGUCCCUGCACCACAUGUUGCUUCUGCUCCACGGCACCAAGGAUGAAGAGUCCAGAAACCGUCAGCUCAAGAAGAAGACCAAGAGUCUGGUCGCUGAUGUACGAAGCCGUUUGGCGUUUCUACGGAGACGUAAGAACUGUACCGGUAUCCAUGGUAACAGUUUGGAGAAAGCUCUAAGAAACCACAGACCGUCUGUAGGAGAAGUACUGAGGUGGGCGGAGAGUCUGGAGGCGUUGCUGACCAAUCAGUAUGGUCUGGCAGUGUUUCGUCACUUCCUGAGGUCAGAGUUCAGCGAAGAGAACCUGGACUUCUGGUUGGCUGUGGAGAGAUUCAGGAGGACACGCCCCUUUAGUAAGAUGGCCGCCAGGGCUGAGAAAAUCUACAAUGAGUUUAUUUCUCCUAACGCAGUGAGACAGGUCAACGUGGACUCAUUCGUCAGAGACUCAACAAAUCAAAGCCUACGGUUCUGUGUUAACCCCGCCUCCUUCCAGCUGGCCCAGGAUCAGAUCUUUACCCUCAUGGAGACUGACAGUUACCCACGAUUCCUCAGGUCCCGCCUCUAUGCUCAGCUGGCCAAUCCAAAUCUAGAGACGGAGCCGCCCAAUCAGAGGAGGUCUAACAGCCAAUCGUGAGCAGGGAUGAAUGAGUGAACCAAUCAGAACAGCUGAUCAAUAAAGAGGACAUUUCCAGCUGCAUUAUGCAGUAUUUUCAGCUCAUAUUUGGACUUCAGUGUUAAAAGUUCAGUGUUGGACUUUAUGAUUUUAAUAAAUUGUUUAGUUUAAGAUGUGUCUGUUUUAAUGAAGUUUAACCUCUUUGUGUUGAGUCUGUACCAUCAAAGCCAGAGGGACGGUUAGCUUGUUAGCAUUUUCUGUUUUUCUGUCUGAUGAAACAGCUUUUUAUUAAAAAUUAUUCUCGUGGCUGUUAACACGUUUGACUGGUUUCUUUCCUGUCGGCCUCAACUGGAUUUUAUCUUCAUUGCUUAAACCCCAAAAACAAAAUAUUUUAUCCCAAAUGCUUUAAGAGGAACCAGCAGACCAGAAGCUGUGAUGUCAUGAUACUGAUUUUAUAAUUUUUUUAACAAACUAACUAAAGUUAUUGUGUAGUUAUGUUUGUUGUUUCUGUUUUACAAUAAAAGAUGUUAAUGUUGGACCCA